GCACUGAGCUCUGCACCAGUCGCUGCGCAACACUGGCCAGCAGCAGCACAAAAGUCUUGCGUCUUUAUAUACGCGAAAAAUUAAGAUAAGAUUCGCAAUUGCCGAGGAGUUGUCCCCCAAAAAACAUGACUAAUACCUCUGCGGACUGGUGAAUCGAAAAAUCUGCCCACCUGCUGUGACCGUGAAUAUGUGAACCGCCGCGUACCGGGACCAACGAAGCCAGUUUUCCCAAUCAGAAUCCGUGCGUCAGGUGCUUCAGAGUGAAAAAAUAAAAGUGAUUCCCAGUGAUUUGAAAUCGGAUCUACGGAUCCCCAGUGCCAUUUGCUGCCUCCCCGCCCGAGUGCCUACUCAAGCUGUCCGCGUAAUGCUGCGCGGAUCAAGUUGAACUCUCCGCUGUUCCAACUCCGGGGUUCCAGUUCAUUGUUUAUUUGUUUAUUGUUAAUGCUGCUGACGUCGCAAGAUGGUAUCGCUGAUAAAGAACCAAUUGCUCAAACAUUUGUCCAUCUACACGAAGAACCUAUCCUCGGACAAAAUCAACCUGAGCACCUUUCGCGGCGAGGGAGAGCUCUCGAACCUGGAGCUGGACGAGCGGGUGCUCACCGAGCUACUGGAACUGCCCAGCUGGCUGCGCCUCACCUCUGCCUGGUGCAAUCAUGUCUCCUUCCGGAUUAGCUGGACCAAGCUCAAGAGCGUGCCCAUAACGCUGACUUUAGAUGAGGUGCGCAUCACCAUCGAGACCUGCAAUCCAACGACACGCGAUGCAGGUGGAGGAGGAGGAGGAGGAUCCGGUCCCGGAGGAGCAGGAUCCCCCACCACUGCGGCCGCUGCUCUGCCACAAGUGCCUCAGGGUAAAUACAGCUUCAUACACAAGGUGGUCGAUGGCAUCACAAUUGUGGUCAACACGGUGAACGUGAACUUUGUAAGCGCAGCCUUUACCGCCUCCGUGCAAAUGUCCCGCAUUCGGGUUGAAUCGAAGACACCAAAGUGGGCCAAUGCUGAUCUACGGAUGACGCGCCUCAAGGAUGCCCAGAAGGGCAUUAUCCUUAUCUUCAAGGAGCUGUCUUGGCAGACGGUACGCAUCGAGGCCAGUUCCACGCAGGACAAGUCUUUGACGCCACUGCGCCUGCUCACCAAUCACGCCAGAUGCCGGAUUACGAUCCGCAAGCGAUUGUCGGACUGUUCGUUGCUCGCUUCCCGCCUGGUCCUCAUCCUGGACGAUCUGCUGUGGGUGCUCACGGACUCGCAGUUGAAGGCGGCUCUGCAUUUUGUGGACUCACUGUCCGGUUUGAUCAAGGCGGCCACACAUGCCACACAAAAGUCGAAGGCGGCUCGCAAAAUGCAGACACUGCCCGAAUACAAGGCUCAGGUGGAGCAGCAGCAGAACCGUCUGUCCGAAUCCGCUCACACGACCAAUGCCCAGCGCAUGUUCAACGCCUUCGAUGUCCGCGAGACGUCGUAUCAUUUCUUUAGCCAGCGGAUUGAUCUUCACUUGUGCGACGACGAGGGCGAUGGUCGCUCCAGCUAUCCGGAGUUGGAUAAGGGCGGUGCCUUGCAGGUCUCGGUCACCGCCUUCCAGGUGGACUACUAUCCCUAUCACCUGGCCAAAUCGGAUCGCUCGCAUUGGGCCAAGUACAAAGAGGCCUCGGUCGCGCCGGCAUUGUGGCUCAAGGAAUCGCUCAAUGCCUUCCGUGAGGCUGUGCUAAACCUGAGCCAGCCCAAUCGACCGGCCAUGCAUGCGCCACUGGAACGGAGCACUCCCGCCUCGCCUGUUAUGCUAAAUCCCAGCAUGCUGAGCUCACAGCAUGGAGCGGGUAGCUUCUCCAAUGGCAGCAGCACGCCCACGGCAGCUGGACUUGCUGGAGGAUCGGGUGGUUCUGGUAUGGGUUCUGGUAGUGCCUCCGCCAAUAGCCAGUUGUCGCAGGCUGCCCAGCAAAGGAGCACGCUGGAGAAUCUGGCCAAACUGAUGAGCUCUUGUGUGAUUCUAAGGAUUGAGGAUUUUACCCUGUACCGAGUGACCACUUCGGGGAAGAAGGCAAUGCCCAAGGAAUUUGUUUCGGCGCAACAUAAAAGGAAAAGCAAAUCCUCAGGUGACAAGGAUCGAUAUUCGUUUCCCGCCGAGAUGCCCAUUAUCCAUGCGGAAUAUACUUACUUCUAUUACCCCGGGGACUUUGUAUUUCCAUUACCCCCCUCCAAGGUCUUUGUGCAUGUAAAUCCUAUCCAGAUGCACUUUGAUCUCAGCUCUAUUCUGUGGCUCAACUCCUUUGGCCUCAAUUUGCACGAGAGCCUGCUACGCACCAGUGUGGGAUCCCAACAACAUCCUCUCCAGCAGCAGCCGCGCAGUGCACGCGGCUCGAUUGCCUCCUCCAAUGGCUCCAAUGGCACACAGAUGGCUGGCGUGAAUGUGGAUCAGGAGCCAAAUCUGAUGUACAUGGAUGUCAAGGUGGAAGCGAUUAUGCCGCGUGUCGUGAUGGAGGCGGCCGUGGAUUCGCCCAGCCAAAAGGAUCGACCGAAGACAAUGCAGAUACAGGUCUCGCGCUUUGCUCUGACCAACAUCCGUGAGAUGGGCAGCUCGAGGGCGGAUCUGGCACAGGCCCUGCACUCACUGCAGGAGGGAUCCUUGGUCUUUGGCUCUGGCUUUCCCUCCGUCGACGGAGACAUGUGCAUUGUCACGGAUCGCAUUCUGUCGCACGUGGCUGCCUCGGAUGUGAGCAUGAUGUCGCCUGGGGACAGUCAACAACUGCCCCGUUCCGCCUCCACGCAGUACCUUUCCCGUUAUGUCAUGUGGCUGGAGCCUCGGGAUGUGUGGUGCAUCAAGCUGGACCCCGUGUGGGUGGAUUUCCUGGGCGCCCGCUCGCUCGGACCCAACAAAUCCAUUCCGUUCGUGGACGCGGUGCCCAUCACCCUGUGGCUGCACUCUGGCUCCGCCCAAGCACAACUGGAUGUGGGAAAGGGUGGAACGGCGGCGGCGGCGGCCAGUAUGGAAAGCAUGGGUCUGCCACCGUUGUCCACUUUGCCGCCCCUUCAGGCGUGCAAUCCCUUUCUAAUGAGUGACGAGGAUGUCCGUCUCGCCGGCAGUGCGGCAUCAUCACCGCCUGCUCCUGCACCGGAUCGCACAGCGGAUGUGCACGCCAUUGCCCACAUUUCGAACUUGGUGAGCCUCCAGAUCGAUCACUACCAGUUGCUUUUUCUGCUGCGCAUGGCGGAGGAGCUUAAUGAGAUGUCCACCUUCCUAAACCUAGAUGCCGAGCGAAUCUUACAUAAGCAAAAUGAACAAAAAUCAAUCAUAUUUGGGUGCGUUGUGCCGCAGAUCGAGGUGACGCUCGUGAUGCCAUCGCCAACACCUGGUAAGGAAUCAAGUGGUGGCGAUGCUGAAAGUGUCGUGCCCGACUCAGCUAGUCUGGGUGACGAUUUACACAUGAAUAGCGGCAACAUAACCUGGCCCACACCACCGCCACUGGACCAGCUGAAGAGCAAUACCUUUGGCAGUGUAGAGACUCCUUCUCCAGUGACCAAUGAGCCGCCUUUCGACAGCGGCAUACACAUAUCCAAUCCCAAUACGCAUGGCUACAAUGUUCAGAUACAAAGCACACCCACACUGGCCUCUUCCACGCCCAGCCAGGGAUCUCGUCCGGACACGGGCAUCUCCACGCAAUCGCAAUCGAUCUCCUCUGCCUCGAAGAGCGGCAAGAGCGGCGGCAGUCGUUCUGGAGGCGGCGACACCGUACCCAGUUUAACAAAGGAAAUCAACUCUGGUCUGCUGUCCAUGAAGAAGGGCUUCUCCAGUUUCAUGACUUCCAUUGACUCGGCCAUUAAGUCAGGCACGCCCAAUGACGAUGCCAGUGAUACGUUCUCCAUACAGAGCGACAUUAGCUCAGACUCGGAGAAUUAUGCGGCGGUGAUGGGCGACGACAAGACCAUGGAUUGUAUGGAUGUGAUGUUCCGCCUGAAUCCCUUUACCAACGACAACAACAUGAAGGCCUCGCCGGUGGAGGUGGCCAGCGAGGUGUAUGAGGAGCAGCCGAGCAGCUACAAGACGAACAUGUCCUCGCCAUCGGAACCCUCGGAGGGCAGCACCUGGCGGCGACGGGAUCUGGUGUCCAUGGCCACCUUUAGAUUAACCACCGUUGAGCUGAUACGCCAACAGGAGGGUCCCAAGUCCUCGGUUCGCCUGCAGGUGGCUGCCGUGUCCUGUGAUGAGUGCGGAGCCAUUCCUUGGGACGAGCUUCAGAUCGCGCAUCAAGCAAACAAGACCAAGUUUGGAGCGAGGUGCAAGGCCUGGAAUCUGGCGCCAUACAAUCCAGAGGCUCCACCUUGCAUCCGUCUGCGCUUGGAGGAGACUCUGGACAUGCCCAAGGAAAUUGAAGGCCUCAUUGAUCGGAAGCGCAUACAAAGCUGGAUCACUCACCAUGCUGAGAUCCGUGUAAAAGACAUCAAUAUGGAUCUGUCGAUGAGCACUGUAAUUGGUCUGGGCGAUCUGGCCGAGGAUGAGGUCAUCUCACCGCCAAUGCCUAUCACAAUAAAUGUGGAAAAUGUUCGCAUCAACCUGCUGGAGGACCGUCCACCCGUUAAUAUUACCUCACCGGGUCCCGUGCCCAUAAAUCUGUGCAUUGGCCGCAUGCGUCUAGAGCGUGACAAGACUGGAGUGCUAAACAUCCAGCCCAUAGAUACAAACAUGAGUGCCGCCCAGCAUCAGGCUCUGGGCAGUGCCUUGUUUGGAGCACCGCGUGAACGGGACAGGGAGCUGCUAUCCAUGCAGCUGGUGAUGCAGCAGAUGAAGCUGGACAAUGAUCAAUUGCGGAGGCAGUUGGUUGACUCAAAAGUGAACACGGAUAAUUAUAGGCAAAGAACCAAACAGGAAACAGAUGUGCUGCGCUCCUAUUUGAAGGCUGCCCAGGAUGACAUCAGCAUACUGUUGGAGGAGAAGAAGGCUCUGCUUGAUACCAUACGUUCCUUGCAGGUACAACUGACCUCAUCGAAUAUAAACAGAAAGAGUGAUGGCAAUAGGUAGCACAACUGCAUGGACUGCAUACAAUGCUGCGGCGAGAACAACAAUGCCUAGCCCUAAGCCACUCAGCCAGCCAGCCAGCCAGCGUAUGCCGAUAGUCAGUCGUGAUAGAGAAACCUCUAUAUCUAUAUAUAUAAAUGCCUAUGACGUCCUCCUCAACAUCAUCGCCAUUCGAUUUUGAGUUUGAGUUUAGCAGAAGACUGAGCCGUACCGAACACGGACACUUUUCACGUUGCCGUUCGUCAUACUUACUUAUACUUAUACUUACACUUAUACAAAGAGCUAUACGUAUAUAUAUAUACACGCGGAAA